CUCUCAUCUUCAGUUCCGAGCAGAUCUCCAGCUCCUCCUCGACACCAUGCAGUACCUCAGGGUCGUCGCUGUCCUCGUGGCGCUCGCCGCCGUGGCCUCCGCCUACCCGGGCUUCAUCCCAACCGCCUACGUGGCCGACCACGGCUAUGCCCAAGAAGAGUACGAUUCCCACCCCAAGUACGCCUUCAAGUACGGAGUGCACGACGCUCACACCGGGGACGUGAAGAGCGCCUCCGAGCACCGCGAUGGCGACGUGGUCAAGGGCGAGUACUCCCUGCUCCAGCCCGACGGCACCACCCGCACCGUGCACUACACCGCCGACGACCACAACGGCUUCAACGCCGUCGUCACCAACUCCGGCCACGCCGUCCACGCCGCCGCCCCCGUCCUCGCCCUCAGCCACUACUGAGGACAACGGACGCCGCGCCGUUGACAAACGCUCACUGCAGUACCAAAGAGAGAAUAAACAGAGCUUAUUAUUUUUGCCGUAAAA